AGAAGCAUCAGCAGAUUUAGUCUUCCGGAUGCAAGUGCCAGAAUCCAUGAUGUGGUCCUCGAAUAAACAAGUGGAAGACAAUCGAACAUGCCAUGGCCUCUGAUGUUCUCCAGAAUGUGUGCUCUGUACACCUUUGAAUUCUGGCAAUGUGUGGAAAGCUCACUCACAGUCGAUACAAAGGGGUGGAAAGCUCAGGAUUUGGGAUCCAAACAAAGAGAGAACUCGUGAUGCACAUCACAGCAUACUCAAAAAGACUUUUUUCUUUAGAAAGCUGAAAUAUCCAUCUGGAGCAUGCGUAUCUGAUGGAUAAGUUCAUCUGUAUAGAUCAGACUGCCAUGCAAUGAUUGUCACUAAAGAUCUGGAGGCACAAUUUACUAUUCAAGCAGGACCACCUUGCUGCGGAAGAACAAGGACAAAAAUGUUUGGGUUUGGAACCUUUGUUGUUUUCCCUGGAGUUACUGGGAUAAGCUUCCCCAUUUCAGAAAGACACUGCAUUUAAUUAGUAUGUGGCGCAGCAUCAUAAUAAGCCAUCACAAGCUGGGAUUCUGUGGUAUGAUGACUAUCUCGAUCACACUCAUCUGCACUCAUUAGAAUUGCUGAAUUAUUUACUUGGAAAAGCCAUGUCUUCUUCUUCUGCUGUGCCAUGGAAGGAAUCAUUAGAAUUUAUUUAGUUUGUAUUAUGGUGCCAGUUUAUUCGAUGUUGCAGGCCCUCAAAAUGAUCAUGAAAAUCCAGAAAACUAGUUGUCAUUUGUCGCUUGCAGAUUCAAAUUGUGAUGGGUAGGAGGAUCUCAAUCAAAGUUGACUCACAUGUGAUCGGACAUGAGGAUCCACAUCUUGCUAGGAUCUUAUUGAGCUGCUGCCCAUGUGAUCCAGCAGGAGUCGGAGAUCAUCUUGGCCCGGUGAGUUCUACCGUUCCGGUGCUCUCUGUUCCAUAGGUAACAGUGGUGGUUCGAGGGAACGAGGUACAUGGAGUAGGUAAAGUUGUUGGGUGCCACGACCACCUGAAGGCUCCAUGUCUGGGCUCCUUGCAUCAGCUGUUUUGUUCUCAUCCGAGCAUGGCCGCAGCGACCUAAAUGACCACCUCCUUCCCCGAGGUACACUCCCUGCUCCUUUCCUCCAUCCUUAUCUUGACCUAUUCCAGUCUUUGUUGGCAGUUCUUAAGAUCCAGCAGGAGAUGUCCUUCGGAGCCAAACGGUUUCAUCCGAGUCGAGUUGGGAGUCCUGACAUGAUGUUGUCAUUCUCUUCCCAUAUAUUGGUAGGAGAAACCCAGCGGCACACUCCCAACUCCAGUCCACUCCCUUCGGAGGAGGGUAAGAUGGAGUCUGAGUCUCGGUCUCCACCGCCACCGGCAUCGAGUGUCGAUCUUUCCCUCACCUUGGCCUCGUCUUCCUCCCCGUCCGCCGGACGCCGCGGCGCAAGGGACGCCAGGCUCUUCCCCUGUCUCUUCUGCAACAAGAAGUUCCUCAAGUCACAGGCACUCGGAGGCCACCAGAAUGCCCACAAGAAGGAGAGGAGCACCGGGUGGAACUCCUACCUUUACCUCCCUCCUGCGGCCGGCGGCCACCACCUCAAGCCAUAUCCAUUCUCCCUCGCCUCCCACUCUUGCAGACCCAUCACGAGCAGUUACCCCCUCGGCCAUCUCUCCGGCAGCUUCAGCUCCUACUGCACCGAUGCCGUCGAUCUCCUGAAUUGGCAAAGAGCUUCUCAUCCUCAACAGCCACACGCGCAGGAUCUUCUUGGCUCUGCAGCCGCAGCAGCAACAGCCGCUGCUGGUACCACCACUACGGUUGGAGAAGACAGGACCAAACUCGAUCUCUCCUUAAGGCUCUGGUCUUAGGUUGCUUAUCUGCAGCUGCUGCUACUUUCCCUACUCCUACUGCUUUCUUGUUCAUUGUUUUGUUUGCGUCUUCCGGUUGGUUCUCUUACCUCUAGUGGCUCACUGCUGCAGCAGGGUGGCCAUGUAGGAGGAUGGGUUGGAAGGGAAGAAGAAGACUAUUAUUUGUGCAUGAUAUGGCUACAGCUUGUGUGUGCGGUGGUGGGACAUUGACAUCGUGUAGUGGUGUCCGUUUGCGGGCGAUGUUAGAUCAUGUUCCCCCCACCCAAAUCGAUCAUAUCUUUCUUGAA